AGAGUAGACCCGGGAGCUGCUACACUUGUCCUCAUUUACCAACACACAUGUUCUCUCCCUUGUCUUAACUAUUCUCCAAACAAAUAAGUACUUCCAAGAAUUACUCGUUCCAAAGAUUCAGUCUGGGUACAAUUCGCCUCUCUAAGUCUCUAUUUGGUGUGAUAAAAAAAUGGAGGCCACCAUGGAUGCGAGCCUGGGACGAAGUGAGUCAUUUAGAGCUACGAUGAGCAUUUUCGGCGAAAGCAUCAGCGGGAGGAAGGCGGAGAAGAACAGAGGAUUUGUUCCAGACCAAGAGAAUUUGUCUACUGAAAUCAAGCAACUAGCACAAUCCGGUUUGGACAAGCUGAAUGAACGCAAGGCGUUGGUGGACAAAGAGAGAGCGAGCGCCGAGUCCGAGCUGUCGAGAGCGCGAGCCAUGGCGAAGGAGCUUGAGUGCCAAAUCGAGCAGACCCAGGCGAAAGCCACGUCCCAGAGGUCGGGACUCCAAGCAAUGUGGGCAGCAAGGACGAAGAAGAAGGGCGCCGACGGCGACGCACCGGGCGCGCGCGCGCAGUCGGAGCGCGACGCCCGGUACGCGGAGGUGGUGCAGGAGCUGGACCAAGCCAAGAGGGAGCUUCUCCGGCUGCGUCUCGAGGUGCAGUCGGCGGCCGAGGCCAAGGCGAAGGCCGAGAGCGACAUCGUGACGUCGGCGUGCAGGAUACAGACCAAACUGCGCGCUGUCGACGAGAUGAAGCGGCGGGUGGACGAGGCGAACGAGGAGCACGUGCUGGUGGAGCUCGCGCGCAUCGAGGCCGAGCGCGAGCGCCGCGAGAUCGACGCCCAGCGCGGCGCCGAGGCCGAGCGGUUCGCGAGGGACAUCGAGGCCACGAGGGCCAGGAUCGAUGCGCUGCAGAAGGAGCUGAGCCGCGCGAGGGAGAUGGAGGCGAAGCUCGCCGUGACAAACUCCGACGUGGAGGUCCUGCAGGGCGAGAUGGAGCUGGUGCGCGCCAUGGAGAAGAACCACGUCAAGAACGACGAGGCGGCGGAGGCCACGGCGAGGAGGAACAGGGAGGAGGCGCAGGACAGGGCGCUGCUGCAGACGGCCGAGGCCGAGCUGGACGCGGCGAGGAAGGAGCUGGAGACGAUCAAGGCGGGGAGCUUCCAGUUCAUGACGUCCAUGGACCGCACGCGCACCGAGAUCAUGCGCGUCGCCGAGGAAAUCAGCCGGCUCAAGGGGCAGGAAAAGAAGGCGGACGCGCAGGUGCAGCAGCUGAACACCAAGCUCCUCAAGGCGAGGGCGCGUCUGGAGGCCCUCACUGCCGCUGACGAGAGGUCCAAGGCGAUCGUGUCCAACCUGGCGGCGGCGAUGAAGCAACUGAAAGCCGAGACCGAGGCGGCGAGGAUGGAGGAGGACCUUACCAAACUGGAGAAACGAUGCGUGAUCGCGGAGGCCGAGAACACCGAGAAGGAGAUCGCCACGACCGAGGGACGGAUCAAGCAGUCGGUGAAGGAGCUAGAGGCGGCGAAAGCGUUGGAGGCCGAGGCGAUGAGGAAGCUAAGGGACACCGUGGAGAGCACCAUGCGGGCCAGGGCGUCGUCGGCGCCACGGCGACAGGGAACGAUAACCAUCUCCCGGUUCGAGUACGAGUACCUGACCGGGCGCGCGGCGCUGGUCCGGGUGGUGGCCGACAAGAAGGUGGUCGCGGCGCAGGCGUGGGUGCAGGCGCUGAAGGCCAGCGAAAAGGAGGCCGCGGCGCGCGCCGAGGCCGCGGAGCGCGAGGCCAGGGAGAUGGAGGCCAGGGCGGCGCAGGCGGCGGCGGAGGCGGAGAAGACGGCGGCCGAACAAAAGGAGCUGGAGCAGGAGCUGUACGACCUGAACGCGGCGGCGGAGAGGGACGGCAUGCAGUGCGCGUACCCACGGCGGCGGUCGAGCAGGGUGUCGGCGACAUCGAGGAGGGCGAAGCCCCGGCGGUCAUCGGUUUCGGCAGGUGCGCGGAACCCGAGGUCCCCGUCGUUCACGAUCAAGAGGAAGAAGAAGGUGAUGCCCAACCUCCUGAAGCUCAUCAGGGAGAAGAAAGGCAGGAAGAGCACCUACUGAGCUGUAGAAACUGCCAUGACCGCGCUUAGAUGUUCAAUUCUGAGUUUGUCAUUGGCACAUAUGUUAGCGAAAACGUACCAUGUUAUUGAAGGCAGAGAAUCUCGAAUUUUGUACGGCCGGGUGCAGCAAUGUGACCGUCUCGCUCUUCUGAUUUUGAGACAGAUUUUGGAUCACUCCGUUAGAUAUAAAGGCCGUGUUGAGCCGUGACCAUAAGUUAGCUAAGCCCCACUCGUUUCUGUACGCUU